UUCAGUGCUCCCAUUCAAGCUUGCUUGUGUGCUUGUGCUUGUGCUGGCUCACUGGCUUGACCCUCCAAUCCACCCCGCCAGGACGGAUCCAUGCAGACCAUGCCGCCGCGAGCAUCGCUAACCAGCUCUUUUUCGGUCACCGACGUCAACAAUGAAGUGGUGUGUCCGUUGAAGAAUAAUGAUGGCUCCAAUUGCCGCAAAAGAUGUCUGGGUGUGAGUACUCUUUCAGCUCUCGCCUUUUCCCCCUCUCAGCUGCCCUCCUGCUUGUUCUUCCCGCCCGCUAUCGAUCCGAGCCCCACUCUCAUGCAAUGGUCAGCAAGCACCCUGCGCCUCUGUGCGAGGACCAGUGCGGCGCAGGCUGAAGAGAAAAAAAAAAUAUUACCAGCUGUCGCAUUACUGUUCAAACAUGAUGCUCGUGGUUAACAUGUUCUUUCUGCCCUUCAGGAGAAGCGUUAUCGCUCCAUGCAGGAGCACAUCCGGAGAGCCCACCCGAACCACUACAUUCCGAAGCUCCCGGCGACCGAGGAGAGCUUCAUCUUGAUGGUGACCACCCCUCCAGACCAGCGGGCCCAUCUAUCUCCUUCAACUCAAGCUCCAUCUCGGCGACGCAAUGAAGUCGCUGAUCGAGAUAUCUACGUUGCUGACGCUAGCUCGCCGGCAACCCCGCGGGGCAUCGACGAGACUCACCCCGCGGCAGCAACCGCCGCCGUCGCAUUGGCUCAAUUGCACCAUAACCGUCUAGCAUCCGAUUGGGAUACGGACAUGGAGACUCACUCGGACAACGACCGAGACCGCCUGCGAUCGGUUGAAUUGCCUUCCCUUCGGGAGCAUUUCAAGCAGGAGGCAUCGCUGCCUCCAUUCUCGUCCCCUCGUCCUCGCGAGCUUCUCCCGUCCAUUCUGACGCACUCCCCGCCCGGUCGCUCUUCCACUCUGCCUCCCAUUCAGCAUCGAGACAAGCUUCCCCGCCCUCGCAAGUCAUCCAUUUCUAGAGCUAGAAAACCGAAGCACGAGCGGACCAGAUCGAAGGAAUACGGUCGACGCCCUAGUCUGGGCGAUCGCAAGGCGCUAUCUGCAGAACCACAGACUGCAGCAUGGGCUCAAGGCAAGCGCUGGGAAGAUUUGAUUGAAGCUGCUACCUCGGCCACGGAGGCGGAUGACGAUCAUAAUUCGGAUGUUGGUCGGUCGCCUACGAUGCCCCCGUUGAUCUCCAAUAUCACUUCGGCGCCUUCGGUCGGCAAUCACCGGUCUUCGUUACCCCCGGCUUUUCAACCCUCACCAGGACUGCCGCCACCGACCUCUCAUCGGCCUUUCCCACCUCAUGCCUAUGCGGCGUCACCGCUGCAUAAAUCUCUGACUCCGCCCCCGUUUGAUACCGCACGCAGUCGUGACAGUGAUUUGGAACCAUUCCCUUCCAUUGAAUCCUCGCUAGAUUCGGCAUCGACGGCAUCAGGGAAAACUUAUGCAUUUUCGAGUCAUAUGAGCACCUCGAACAACGAGUCUAGCCCAGUAUUGAACAUGUAUCCUUCUUCUGCAUCCCAACGCCAGCAUCAUCGGUUUUCAAACCCCACCCCUGCAUCAUACCGCAACAGAGAGAUUCAAAUCUAUUGCGCCAGUUGCAAACGCCCAUGGGCUCUGAAUGAAUGCUAUGCCUGCACAGAGUGCAUUUGCGGCGUGUGCCGAGAGUGUGUCGGAUUGUUCAUCAGCAGUCCGCCCGCAUCCUUUAGGAAUGUGACGUCGAGUCCGGGCAGCGCGAUGUCGCAUGGACCGACAAGCUAUCCCAGUCCCCGAGGCUGCCCUCGCUGCCGCACUGUAGGUGGGAAAUGGAAAGCUUUCCAGCUCGACUUCAGGUGAAUAUAUGCCUCACCUUUGGGGUCUCCAGAUUGAAGCGUACUCUGGAGGUCUUCUGACAGAAAUUUUAUGUUUUACGGAUGUUACGAUUAAUGGCUUUGAGGGUGCAC